AGGAUGGGCUGAAGAGCAGGGAAGGGCAGAUGUUUGCAGCCUUCUCAUGUGGAAUAGUGUCACUCUGUGUAUUGUGGCUAUCUUAAGUCCUACACUUAGGGAACAGGAAAGAAAUGUUUUUCAUAGUGCCUACCAUGUUCUAGAUGGCCUCCUGCAUGCCUUCAUGUAACUUCUUAGGCAUUAAAAAUAGUACUUUAAGGAUUGAACUGACACACUGUUCAGUGUGUUGUGGAUAUAUGUAAACAAAAUAUUGCACAAGUAUGUUUUGAGUACGUAAGUGACUUGUGCUUUAAUGGAAACAAGAAUUUCAAUAGAAGACAGCAGUCUUUGGCUGGAGAAGAAGAUGUAAGUUCUGGCUUAUUAUACCUAUAAACCAGGGGAAGAAAGAAGAGGUUUUACUGCAAAUCAUGCAGAACUGCAUUGACUUUUAAGUAAUGUCCUGCAGAAAAUACUGAUUUAGAGGAAGAGAAUACCUGUGUAAGGACAGCUUCUCUUUGGGCCUGAUCCAGAUUCUGUUGUUUUGCCUUAAAAGAGCAGGUGUUGGCAGUGACAGAUGCACUAAAGUACUAUAUGCAAGAGCCAGAAGAAAUGACACAGCAGAAGUUGAUGUUAGAGCAAAGAUGUACAGUCGGUGUAAAGCCAUUAAUCAGAGUUAACUUGAGGGAAUCUAGGAUGAACCUGCUUCGUUUUAAUUAGAAUUAUUUAAUAAGCAAUUACCACUGCUGUCUGCAUGAAGAACCAAAAGAGGGAGUGGUGUUUCAGAAUUUCUCCUGAGGAAGGAACUAGUUCUCAUCGUGGUAAUGUGACUCAGCUUCCUGCUACAUUGUCAUGAGAAGGAAUAAGAAAAUUUUGCUGUAUUUGUUGAGAGACAGUGAAAAUGUAACAAAUGUGAACAGUAAGAGGGUGUUACUUUCUAAAUAGAUGUUAUGAGCUCAGAAUUAAUUUUUUUGUAGGUUUUGAAAGCUUUUGACAAAACAGCAUUUAUAAGAUUAAGAGAGAACUAGAGGUUUCAUGUGCAAAAACUUUACAUUUCUUCUAUUUGGAAAGCCAUGUUGUUGGCAAACUGCAGAGUUAAAAUAUGCAAAUGUCCUGUCAGCUUGAUCACCUUUUAGGCAAUCCCUGCUACAUUUUUUCAAAGGCUUGCAGCACAGCUUUGAGAGCUCUUCGUUUGUCUGGAUGACUGCUUAAGUGGUUUUGGAGCUGAAUUCUCUGGUCUCUGUGUCUAGGACUGGCUGUCUGCUCUCUUCAACUCCAAAGAAUAAAGCUGGCCUUGUGUGAAUCAGGUUUAUCAUCAGACUUGUCCUUAAGUAAAAAAAAAAAAACUCCACCACCUUCCUUUCUUCAUACCUGUGAAACUGCUAUAGAUGUGCAAGAGCUGAGUGCUUGGACAGAAAAAUCAGAGAUGGUGUCUGUUAUCAAAUUAUUUGCCUUUGUGGAAACUGAAGACUUUGUUUUAGGAAUACAAGUGGUUGUCACUUGGCAGAUGAAGAAAAGCAUUUUUGUUAUGGACUGGUUUGAUGGUUUGUCAUGCAAAAUUCACUCAUACUGACGUUAUAAUGACAAUCACUGAACAACUCUGGCUUUUUGAAAUGUGUGAUGCCUCUGUGUCUUGGACAUAGCUGGCCAGAUCUCAAACUUUAAAGCCUGUCUCUUCCCUGAGUGUCAUUUCCAAAUCAAAGGAUCAGCAUGGUGAGGGUUAAUUGCCAUUUCUGAUACCUGAUGUGCUUUCCACCUGUGGGAACCCAGCUCAGUGGCUGAAAGGAAGAAGAUGCUGAGCCAGGUAAGCCAUUUCUAAAAACCAAGCAGAGAGAACUAAGCUCAUGGUGCUGUCUGCAGCCAUUGUGCCAUGGAUUGAAAUGACCUCUGGAAACUCUCUCAGAAUAUCUCAGUCAAGGUUAAUAAUGAAAAUAUUGAACAGAACACACCUAUGAAUCAGCCUCUGUAACUUUGUAAAAGCAGCACGAUCCCUACCCUGUGUGCAGAGAACAUCCAUCAAAAUGAAUGCAAUGGCCUUGACAGGAAGAAAGGCCAGCUGCAGCCUGGCAUGUCCAGCCUUCCUGCUCAUGUCAGCUGCAUACCAAAAUGCAGCAUAUGUGUGGGAUAUCUUGGUUGCAGUAUUCUUCAUUACAUGGAAAGAUUUUUCAGUGCCAGAAGUCUGAGAACAUGAUGGGACUGACAGAGAUAAGAACUGAAGGCUCUUCAUUCUCUGUGGCCCCCAUACCUGCACAGGGACACCUGAGACAUACACAGGAAUUGUCUAUAAAUUUAAAAAAAUGUUUCUAUGACAAUGUAGCUGCAUCAGGAGGAGAGAGAUCAAGGUCUCAGCUGGAUUGGCUGACACUCCCUGUGACAAGGGGGAGGCUGAAGGGACUGAGCCAGCUUCAAAUGAGCCAGUGCAUCUCUCUCUGCAGGACAGAGCCAGGCACAAGAAGUGACCCUAAAACUGCCUCUGCUUUGGAGCUUACUGGAAUGUAUGUCUGCAAGAAGGUCAGCUCAUUAUUCUUGCUGAGGCAAGGGGUCUGCAAUAGAAGAAAAACCUGCAGGUGUCAAAGCUUGAGGAAGUUUUCCAGGUUUCCCAUCACACAGAUGGGAGCUGCUCCAUGUGCAGCCCCUUCCCUGGUCCUCUGGGGACUCGCUGGUGUUUAUCAGUUGAACAACUGUACAAGUUCUUGUCUUGAAGCCCCCAAAAAGGACACAAUGAUCCAACGUGCUCUGAUGAAGGCCAGAUGAUGCCAAUAGCAGUGGAUGUCAGGGUGAAUCCAAAGCAGAGGUUAACCUGCUGCUUUUCUGCCUGAAGUUUAGCAGUGGCACCUGCACCAUCAUUUAAGCCAGAAGAGAAAGGUUGUUCAACAUACUGGCUGGGACGAGACAAAAGCUUUUUCUGUUUGUGUACCUUUCAUUGGCCUCCUUCCCUAUGCACUGAAAGAGGUCUGCUGGAUCACCCUGGCUCUCCCUUAAGCUCAAAACCAAGCUGGAUGCUGUUAAUAACACAGACAUCAUGACAGGAGGCAUGUGUGAGAAAUAGCAGCAACUCAGACUAUGAAGGACAUUUCAAGCACAAAUUUAUUUGUUUUCCUCUGAUGCAAGAGAGUUGAAUUUUACCUCUGCAAAUAAACAGCUGUAGCUCCUUCAGUGAUAAAUUCUCUUUAUUAAUUUGACAGGGGCAUAUACAUCAUGACCUGCAAAUAAUGUAUCAGCAAAGGGUUUUCCCUCCUACAGGCUUCUAUUCCAAAUGCUUCAUGAAAUCAGAAGAUUCUUGGGGCCUUCUGAAAUGGUAUGGGGAUACUCUGUGGAUUGUGGCCAUCUCAACUGCGACACAAUUCAACGCAAACUCUGCCCCUUAACCUCUGUUGCUCUGCACUGGCCAGCAGUGACACGAGUGGCAAAGGAAAUGUAAGUCAGGCUGGUGAUUUCUGGAACAUCAGAAGAGACAACUGUAGAGUUGAACUGAUGGGUAGAGUGAGUUAAGGCAGUUCUUUUGAAAUAUAUUACAGCUGGGAAUCCCUCAUCACAGAGAGACCAUUCAAACUUAGGAAACUUUCUUUUUUAUGAGGAAAUUCACUGCAAGAAAGGGAACUUGUCUGCCCUGCAACCACAAAACCCAAAGGUGUUGUCAAGACAUUUUAAGCUUCUGCUAAGAAUUCCAUAAACUGUGUGAGAACCAUCUAUCUCAAAAAUCUUUGUCUUUGAUUUUUCACUAGAAACAGGCUGGGAUGAAAAAGUUCUCCACAAAAUGUAUUUCUGCUUAAUUUAGAAUUCUGUUUUAAAACUGACUUAGCCACAAUGUGCUUGUAUGCUAUUGCCUAGUACGGGCUAGAAUUUUGGAUAUUAGUAGCACAUUCCAGGGCUGAGGCUUCAAAUGCACAUGAACAUUACCAUUACUGUGGUGAAGUUUUCAGCUUUCCCUGGUGAAGUUUUCAGCUUUCCCUGCCCUUUUCUAAUUACCUGCCCCUUAGCUCAUUGUACAGCUUUUGCUGCUGAGAAGUCCCAGUUGCACACCCCAGAUCCUCACUGCUGCUGGAGCUAAUAGCAGUAAUACCAGCUGAUCCCUGACAUUUUUUCUCAGCAGAAUAUAAAGGUCAUUGAAGAAGCUUGGGAGAGCAAAGUGAGUAGAUCCUUGCAUGAUCUUUUCAAAUCUGGUGAACUGCAAACAAUUCUCCCUCUUCAACAUAAUUUGUUUAAAGAGGGAAACAUGAGCAUCCAUAAACAGCUCAGAAUUAUUAUUACCAUUUUACAUUAUUGAAAAAGUGACUUAUCCACGUUCACCCAGAGAAAGACUUGGUAAUUUGAGUCCUUGGACCAAAUAAGUUAAUAAUAGUUAAACCAUAGCUAAGCCUUUGGGUCAUAUCACCAAAAAUAUGGUAUUGUUACCAUGGUAAAUAUUUUUCUCUUGAAUACACAGAAGUAGACUGAAAGUUAUGUUCAGAUGAACAGUUUCCUAAAUCUCAGACAUCCUGAGUUACCAGUUAUUGCUGACCAGGUCAUGGUCUGGUCUCCUGUUUUUUUGCCUGUAGUAGUCUGAAUUUCUUGGACAGAAAACUGUUGGCAUACAUCCAGUGUUAAUGAUUUCUUUCUGAAACACUUUGGUUUAACUGUGGAAAUAAUCUAACAAAUACAAUUAAUACAUUUAAAUAAGAAUUAUUCAGAGAUAAGGAAUGGUGUUUCCUGUAAGAACCAUUUGUCCCUCUUUGGAGCAAGGAGUGCCCAAGGACAACUUUUCAACCUUAUUGUUCAGUGGUGCCACAGCGUUCCCUCAGAGGGCACCUCAGAGACAGCCCCACACCAAAACUGAGGCUUUUCCCCAGAAAUCUGUGGCAGGCACAAUCCUGCUCUGUGUCAGGUCACUCCUGCAGGGAGACCCUUUGGGUCAGGGGCUCAGGCAGAGCAGUGGCUGGGGGAACCUUGUCCAGGUGGCCUGGGCAUGCAGGCACUGGCUGCUGAGGAAACCCAGGAGUGAUGGGUCAGCAGCUCUGACAUCACCCCCUCCUCCCUUCCUACAGAUGCACAUAUGCACAUUUGCUGCUUGCCAGCCUCCUUCAGCCUAUGUUGAGCUGCUUCAAGUCUGACUUUACACCUUUCUUACUUUCAGUAUUCCCUCUGGUGUGGUACAGGCAAAUUUUCUGCGUGCACUGCUGAGAACAGGGUGUCCAUUCCAGCUAUGCAAAGUACACUCUGUAAUGGGUCAAUACCAGAGCUGAGAUCUCAGGCAAGUUCUUCUCUGUUCCUAUAUAGAAACUCAUAGUAGUAGAAAGAAGUUAUAUUUUCCAUCUGAGAUUUUAAUGUGAUUCGUUGCAAUUCUGUUUCUUCUGUGCUGGUUUCUGUUCAAGGUCCUUCACUGCACUGACCUUGAUGAACGCUUGUUUUCCUUUAUUCUUGCACGCCAUCCAGCCACAGUUAUGGUGUGAAAAGAAAUCGAUUAUUAUUUGCUUUGCACUGACUGUGCUUUCAGAUAUUAUCAGUUGUUUAGUUGUUUUAUCUUUUAAAUAUACAUUCCCAGCUAUUAAAUGCUAGAUAUAAUAAAACAAAAUAAUAGCUAAUAAUCUGUGUAGCUUGCUUGCAAUACAGAGAUAUAAUAGCUUGUCUGACAUUUUUUAGAGCCAAUAUUUACCUUUAUCACUGGUAAGUGCCUCCUGAGACUCAUUAUUCAUGUAAUUCCCAUUAAGAGGCAGUAGUAAAACAGCCUGUUGUCUUACAGCUCUUGUUGUUAAGUACAUUAUGUUUAGUAAUAAAUACGUCAGCUUUUGUUACAUCAGAGAAUUAUUAUUAUUUCUUAUCUGCAGACAUUUAUAAAUAAAUGAAUCAUGUUUAUUUAUAAACUUCUUUCCAUUUAUUUCUUGCAGUAGCCAGAUAAAACUGCUUUUCUCUAGGUUAUAUCUCUUGAAGCUUACUUAUUCCUUUUGAACCUAAGGCUGGAACAAAAUUAAUAUUCUCACUUUUUGUAUCUUUUACUUUUCAGUCAACCAAGGAUGGUAUUCAGAAAAAGUAAAAGUUGUAUUGAAAGAUAAAUUCUGUCAGUUUAGAAAAAUAUGAUAAAAAUAUCUCACAGAAUUGAUUUGGAUAUCUAAGUUAUUCCUGCUGUCAGGAAGGCCUGAUAUAGGAACAUAACAAGUAACUUCUGUCUUAGAUUUGUCUUCAAUGGUUCCAUCCAGGUCUAUAAAAACCCUCAAUAUAAAU